AUGGGGAGAGAAAGAGGCAGGAUCUAUCAUGUUUAAUCCCUCAGCUCUGUCUGCGCCUUGACAAAGUGAUGCCCUCCAUGCGUACGCUACCUUACGCUUAUUCUGAGGGUGAUAAAUGACAGUAGAGUAGAGAUUUGUUGUGAGACUGGGACAUCACUGAGUACUCCUAAACUUCACUUUGACUCCAUUCUGGUUUGGACGCUGGAGAGACGUUUUUGGGACUCUGGAGUCACCGAUGCACCACUGCAAAUACCCUACAGCACUAGACUAUGAGACCGUCAUGAGACAUGCAUCACUACACAGCAACUACAAGAAAUCAAGAAGUGCAAUAAGUGUGUCUCCAACUGAAGUCAUUUACUCAUCAUGUUCUAACUAAAGAUUCACCUCAUAUUGCAACCUUAAUUACAAGAGGUUUCAGUAACCGUCUCAUUAUUCUCUGGAAAAUUAUCGGCAUACAAACUCAGUCAGCCGAAGCAGGCGAGCAUGGUGGACCGUUACCAGAACAACGUGUACCAUCAAAGUGGCGGUGACAGCUACGGGACGUAUGGAGAAGGUGCUGGAGAUGGUCAUGAUGAAUAUGGUUACCAGGCCGACUACCCUCCCCAGGAAGAGGACGCUGCCAGCGACGCGACUGAAGGUCACGAUGAGGAGGACCAGAUGUAUGAAGGAGAAUAUCAAGGAAUACCACAUCCUGACGAGGUGAAGGCUGCGCAGAGAGCUGCAAGGGCUAAAUCUCGAGCUAGCGGUGCAGUCUCUGAACUGCAGGAGUUAUCGGAACAGUAUGAGGAUAUUAUGGAGGAUUGCGGCCAUGGAAAGUUCCAGUGGACGCUCUUCAUUGUGCUGGGCCUGGCUCUGAUGGCUGAUGGAGUCGAAUGUUUUGUGGUGGCCUUUGUUCUACCCUCCGCAGAGAAGGAUCUAUGCCUGUCAAAUGCAGAGAAAGGGAUGUUGGGUCUGGUUGUCUUCCUCAGUAUGAUGGUGGGAGCAUUCGUGUGGGGAGGCCUGGCGGACAAAGUUGGCCGUCGACGCUGUUUGGUUGUGGCAUUAUCUAUUAACUGCGUCUUUGUCUUCCUGUCCUCGUUUGCACAAAGCUAUGGCUUCUUCCUCUUCUUCAGGCUGCUGUCAGGCAUCGGUGUCGGUGGCACAGUGCCGAUCGUCUACUCGUACUUCUCGGAGUUCCUUCAGAUGGACAAGCGAGGAGAGCAUCUGUCCUGGUUGUGCAUGUUUUGGAUGAUCGGCGGGAUUUAUGCCUCUUUCACUGCCUGGGGAAUCAUUCCCAGAUAUGGUUGGGGGUUCAGUAUGGGCACAGAGUUCCAGUUCCACAGUUGGAGGUUAUUUGUUCUGGUCGCUGCUCUUCCUGCCGUCGCCUCUUUGGUCGGACUCACUUUCAUGCCUGAGAGCCCUCGCUUCCUGCUUGAGAAUGCUAAGCACGAUGAGGCAUGGAUGAUUCUGAAGCAGGUCCACGACACCAACUGGAGGGCUAAAGGACAGCCAGAAAAAGUAUUCACUGUUACACACAUCAAGGCUCCUAAGACAGCAGAGGAUGAGUUAAUCGAGAUUCAAAGUGCAACAGGAACAGCUGUGCAGCGGUGGGCAGUGCGCUCGCUCACGCUCUGUAAACUGGUGCUGAAGAACGUAGCAUCUCUCCUGUCUGCUGAAUUGCGCUAUGCCACUCUCUUCAUGGCCGUUAUCUGGUUCUGCAUGGCCUUCAGUUACUACGGCCUUUCCGUGUGGUUCCCAGACAUGAUCAAGCACCUUCAGUAUGAAGAAUAUCAGUUGAAAGUCAAGGUGUUCCAUAAAGAAAAGGUGGAGAACUUUCACUUCAACUUUUCCUUGGAGAACCAAGUCCAUAAAGAAGGAGAAUACAUCAACGACAAGUUCAUCAAAAUAGAGCUGAAAUCCGUCAAGUUUGAGGACUCAUUGUUUGAAGACUGUCACUUUGAGGACAUCAGGUCCACCGACACUGUGUUUGAGAACUGCACCAUACGCAACACGUUCUUCAUCGAUACAGACCUGAAGGAGAAGUUCAUUGAUUGUAAAAUGGAAAACAACACCUUUGAGCACGACAAACAUGGCUGCCACCUGGACACUGUUGAAGAGAACGACGUCCUCAUUUAUUUGGUCAGCUUCCUGGGCAGUCUGGCUGUGUUGCCUGGCAACAUCAUCUCUGCCCUCUUCAUGGAGAAGAUUGGCAGAGUCAAGAUUAUAGGUGGCUCCAUGCUCAUCUCGGCGGGCUGCACCUUUUUCCUCUUCCUGAGCUUCAGCCAAUCAGCAAUCAUUGCUCUACAGUGUCUCUUCUGUGGCGUCAGUGUGGCUGCGUGGAACGGCAUCGAGGUGGUAACAGUGGAACUCUACCCUGCUUCUAAAAGGGCAACAGCUUUCGGCAUCUUGAACGGUCUCUGCAAGCUGGCUGCAGUUCUUGGCAGCUCCAUCUUUGCCAGUUUUGUUGGUAUCACCAAAGCCAUCCCCAUCCUGUUGUCCUUCACUGCCCUGGUGUGUGGCGGCCUGGUUGCUCUCAAAUUGCCCGACACGCGAGAGAAGAUUCUCCAGUGAGGUCCGUGAAAAGCGGGCGUUCAACAGGCGCGUAAGAGUUUGUGCUUGAUGUUGACGUCUCUGCUGCAGCACUACUGGACUUUUACUGCACUUUUAUUUCCAAAGCAAGAACAGAAACAGCUAACACCUUUAAGUAGUAAAAUGUCAUGUUUGUGAUGUGUUGUUGACAGUCAGGGUCCAUUGGUAGUCGUAAAGAAUAAGGAUGAUGCUCAAAUAAUGUCCGAUGUUGUUACACAUGAUGACAAAAGGAUUUAUUUAUGAUUCCACCUGCUGCUCUGUGUUGAAUGCAUGAUGAAGAUCGACAUCACAACGUUUGUUGGAAAAGUCUCAAAGUUUGUCUCAGUGUAUACAAAAUAUAUUCCUAAUUAUUAUUUGCAAUAUUAACACUUUACAACCAACUUACACUUACAAUUAUUUGUCUUAUUCUUUGAACAAAGUUCUACUUUUUAAAAACAGUGUGUGGUUCUAAUCAAAAUUGAAAUGAAAACUAUCAUAUAUUAAUAGCAAUGGCACUGAUUUGUUAGACAUGACCUUUAUUAUUAAUAAAAUGCAACAACAAUGAUAACGUUCAUAUCUGUCAGAGAGGUACUAAUACAACAAUGUUUAUUUUUUGUAGUUGCUGCAUUAUACUGAAAUAUGUUAUUUGUCAUUCCCUGAUAUUUAGCUAUAAUUCAUCCCAAAAUUAUUUAUUAACAUUUUACACGAAGGUUCCAAGUUCAAAUAAAUAUGGAUAUUUAUUGUUCAACUUUUAGAAGAGUUAAAAAAAGAAAAGAAAAUGUCCAGCAAGAUCGGGGAUAAGACUAAAAUACAAAACAUAAAUACAAUGACAUUGUACUAGACGAGGAAAUUCCUGAAGGAAUUGUGUGUGAAUGCUCCAAUGCUGAAGUUGAACUGAAAUGCUGACAGAAUGUAGUAGGAAUUUAAGAAGAAUUGCGGAAGUUUGAAGAAUGUCCCAUUGAUUUCAAUGGGAAUUUCCCCAAAAUUUGGAACAUUUCGGGAAUUUUUUGAAAAUGGUAAAAAAAAAACUUGAAUGGUCUGAAUAAGUUGAAAUGGUUGGCGUUGGAAUUUUUCAAAUCGAUCGAGAAACGUUGAAGUGGUAACCUGUUGAAUUGAGAAAUGGUUUUACGGAAUUCUUGAAACUUCGGGAAAACCGGGAAUUUUUCUAGCUCAAAAAACAACUUAGUUUUUUGUCCUGAUUAAGAGAAAUGUUUGGACAGUGGAACGGUUGAAAUGCGUUGAAAAAUGUGGAAGGAGUAGUAGCCAGAUAAAAGGGUGGAAAUAGGGCUUUGGAAAACCAGGAAUUCUGGAAAAUCCUGGAAUUUUUUUUGAACUUGGAAAAAUGAUAGUUUGAAUUUCCAAAAUGGGGAAAUGUGUUGAAAGUGGAAUGGUUUUAAUAGGUUGAAAAAUUUGGAAAUGGUUCAAGUUUGAAAAUGGCCAAUUAAUUUUGAAUGGGAAAAAUGUCCCGGAAAACCUGGAAUUCUGGGAAAUCUGGGAAUUUUUCAAGGGAAAUCCCACAAUUCCCGGAUAGGCUGUACGGUUUGAAGUUGGAACGGUUUGAAUCGGGUGAAAAAUGUGGAAUGUAGAGUGCACCAAAAUCUGGAAAAGAAGAAUUAUAAUUAGUUGAAUAAUAAUAAAUAGAUGCAUUUUGGUGUAGAAAACCACAUGCUUUGGAGCAUUCACACAAAUAUAUCAUACAUGCGCUUUACACUGAGAAACCCAUUAUCUACAUUUACAACAGUGUGAGUGACACCGGCAGCAGGGUGGGUCAAGUGUCUUGCACAAGGACACAAUGGCAGUGACCCGGAUGGCAGAAGCUGAGUCCGAACCAGAAACCCCCAAAAUUGCUCUACCAUCUGAGACCAAUAGACCUCAAAUAGACCUUAAACUAAUGUCCACAUAUCAUGUUUAACAAUUUGUCGUGUUAAAGAUACCCAUUCCAAAAAUUACAUUUUGGGCUCGACGGCACACGAAAAACAGCUUUAUGUUCUACACAGCGGCAAACUAUCACCCAGUAAAACAUGUUUUAAAUAAACAUGUCAUACUGGUAAUAAGCAUAUUGUUUAAGUACUACAGUGCCAGUGAAAAGAUGCAAAAUCCAAUCCACUGACAUGUACUGUAAGUGAUUUCCUGCAUGUGACAAUGAAUGACUUCCCGGCUGCUCCUAUACGGUUGAAUUUGGAUCGCGGCUCACAAUGUAAACUAUAACAGAUUAUUUACAAAAUGUCCAACAGUUGUCAUUUGUUGUCUAAAAUUACACACAAGUAUGUCUUUAUUUUGACACAAAUCCCUUUUUUGUAAUUCAGUGACAACACUGAGUACACACUGAGACUACAGUACUGUGUGUGUGUGUUCUUGUAUUUCUACCUUUCUUGAGACAUCAACAAGGAAAAGUACCUUCCAUAUGAGGACCGGUGAACAAGUAAGAACCGAAAUCAUGGUCCCAAUACGGAAAAACAUUGCAUCUAAUAGAGAGCCAAAUACUAGAGUCCGUGAACAUUGCUCCAAAGUCAGGAAUUUUUGUUGAUUUAAUGUGCAUACAAAAGUAAACAGGUGCAAAGGCAACAAUAUAUGAUAAAAAAAGACGACAGCUAAAGAAGGACUUCCCUAUUCAUCCCCGAAAAAACCCGCCAGGUGAACAGCUGAUUUUACGACUUCCAGUGCUGACGUAAGACAACCCGCGUCCCAUAUGUGACCAUAGGAUGAACAAAUACACUACGGUUCUAAGACUAUAGUGGCCAUUAACAGUUGGCUUUUACAGCUGGGUUGCCCAAAGUGCGGCACAGGGGCCAUCUGUGGUCCGUGACUCGUUUGUCAUCGGCCUUAAGCACAUUACAAAAAACAAAAAAUAGAGAAUGUCUCAUUUGCACCCCUGGUGGUGAAAUCUAUCAAAACUAGGGUGGUCCCAAAAAGGAGGGAUUUUUCAAAUUGACUGUGUGCUCCCCCUCUGGUCAACAUAUGAAACAACAAGUGUGUGUGUAAAAAAUCUGAAGUGCUCCCCCUCUGGCCAACAUAUGAAACAAGAAGUGUGUGUGUAAGAAAUCGAAAUGCGCCCCCUUUGGCCAAAAUUAAUAAAAAGAUUUAAUAAAUAAGUAUGUAGAGACAUACAAUAAUAACUUGGAGUAAAUAAUGAAGAUUAAAAAUAAAUUACAAACAAAAAAAUCCAAGAACAAAAAAUUUUACUUAAAGCGUACAUAUUAUUAAUGUUGUAAAUGCAAAUCUUUAUAUAUCUAGAAAGGGAGGUAGGCAUUUUUCGGAGGUCUCAAGAAGGUAACAAAUACAAGAGUGUGUUUGUGUGUGUGUGUGUGUGUGUGUUUGUGUGUGUGUGUGUGUGUGUGUAGACGAGGCAGUCCUGGUUGUUACUGUUCUUGUACAGUGUUGACAUGUACGAUUAGACUGCUUAUGGACAAAGUGUUGCGAUGGGCUGUGUAAGUGACUAACUGCAUGUUUGUCUAAUGUUUUCUCUUGGCGUGUUUAUGUCUGUCAACAUGUGCAAGUUCCAAACUGUCCUCUUCAGUCAACUGUAGAUUGUCGACCACUAUCAUCCAUUUUCUCUGCAUGUGACACACAUCUGAUACUGUGUGAGAAGCUCCGUGGCACUUCUCCAGACUUAGAUCUACGUACAUGCUGACAAACAAAAUGAUACAUUACGCUAUGACAAUAACUAAUAAUAAUAAUAAUAAUACCUGGGAUUUAUAUAGCGCUUUUCUAAGUACCCAAAGUCGCUUUACAUGUUAAAAACCCAUCAUUCAUUCACACCUGGUGGUAGUAAACUACUUUCGUAGCCACAGCUGCCCUGGGGUAGACUGACGGAAGCGUGGCUGCCAAUUUGCACCUACGGCCCCUCCAACCACCACCUGUCAUUCAUUCAACAUUCAUUCGGGGGCAAGGGUGAAGUGUCCUGCCCAAGGACACAACGGCAUGGUAAGAGGCGGGGAGCGAACCUGCAACCCUCAGGUUUCUGACACGGGCGCUCUACCCACUACGCCAUGCCGCCCCAUAAUAAUAAUAACUCCUCCUAUACAACUCGGCUUGUGUUCAAUGAACAGAACAGUGGUGAAGAGGGAUAGGUACCGAAUUCAGUACUUUUUUUUUAUAGGUAUUGACCAAAGUCCGUUAGUACUACCAGGUCACCUGUCAGGUGAAAUCAAACGGUGCCAUAUUUCGAUACUUUUGUCGCAUGUGACGUCAUGUCCAUUUGCAGAAAAAGGCGCUGAAAAGUACAAGAAGGCUCCAAUUUUCAAAACGUGCUAGCUCAAUGUUAAUUUGCUAUAAACAUGCUACAGAUUAGCAUUAGCGAUUUUAUAUGGUUAUUUCAAAACCUCCAAAUUUGGUAAUGAAAACUACACCUGAGAUGCACGUUACAAUCAAACAGUACAAUACAACACUUACAGUUUAAACACUUUGUAAGACUCAGCCAAAGAAAAGACUGGUACAUUCAGCGUAAUGGCAAAGUAGUCUAUACACCAGGGGUGUCAAACUCAUUUUAGAUGGAGGCCACAUGGAGAAAAAUCUACUCCCAAGUUGGACGGACUGGUAAAAUCACAGCACGAUAACUUAAAAAUAAAGACAACUUCACAUUGUUUUCUUUGUUUAAAAUAGAACAAGCACAUUCUGAAAUUGUCCAACUCAUGUUGUUUUUUUUUACUCUUACAUAUUGCGGUUAAUAGUAUUCUAUCUUUAUUUGACGUUAUUUAUAGUUUCUGAAUACAUUAUUUGAUAAUGUUCAUCAGUCAACUCAUUGGUGUUCAUUUUCAAUCCAUCAAGAUAAAAAAAUAAUAUUUAAAAAUCUAAUUACGGGAUGUUAUUUAUGUAGUUUGCUCAUUUUCCUCGACUGGUGCACUAACAUGUGGUUUAUUUGUUUUACAUAUGUAGCAUCAUCUACAAAUACCGUAUUUCCUUGAAUAGCCGCAGGGGCGUUAAUUAAUUUAAAACCUCCUGUCACACCUGCGUUUACCGGAAACCGGCGGGAUGGCCGUGCAUGCGGUAAUUAUUUUAAAACCUCUUCUCACUCCGGCGUUUACCAAAAGGAAUCCAUAAAAUUUAGGCGUGCGCUUUGAGUGUGAUGUAAGCAUACCAUCAUGAAAAGCACAUUUAAUUAAAAAAAAUGUUAUUAUGGUCUUACCUGUACUUAUAAAUGGAGUCCAUUUGCAGCUCCUUCUGACCAAAAGCAUCGAUAACUUGUUUAUAGAAGUCUUCCUUAUUUUCUUUCUUCAGUUUUAAAAGUCUCUGUCUCGAUGGAGAUAUUCCUUUAAUUAUUACCUCCUGCUUCGAUUGAAAGUCCAGUUUAGAAAACUGUUUUAUUUUAGAUACCUGUAUGUAAUCCUCCUUGUUAAAAGGAAGAAAAAAAAAUCUCUGGCUGCGUGUGUUCACUUCUUCUGCAGUACCGGAAGUCGCAAGAAGGAUCACUAGCGCGGCAGCGCCCUCUACCACCAGGAGGCGGGAGUCAUUUAAUGACUUAUACAGUAUUUCACACACGCAGCUACGGUAUAUUAAUAAAACAUAGCUGCUUACUGUUCUCUUUAGCAUACUGUACCGGUAUUCAAUAGCUUGGACCUUAAAUCCUACUGAAAAGCUCUGUAUCUUUUUUCCUUUGUGCGAUUGUAAACUACUGAAAGCAGCUUCCUCCAUUUUGAAAAUGAGGACAGAUGCGUCACUCGUGACGUAACGAAUUUGACCCGGUGGAAGUUCUCGCCAUAUGCUAAAUAUUUUGCGAAACGAGUUUGACCCGGCGAAAAUUAUAGACAUGCGAUAAUAAAAUUAAUAUUUUGCGAAACGAAUUUGAUCCAGCUUCAAUAAUAAACCGGCGAUAAGGCCAAGCAUGCGUUAAUUAUUUUGAGAAACGAGUUUGACCCGGCAGUAAUUCUAGACGUGCAAAUACUAUAUUCCCUGCGCCAAUUCAAGGAAAUACGGUAUACAAAGAAUUUCUAUUAUGACAUCUAGUGGACACAUGUAGAACAGCAGUUUCUUUCAUUCAAAAAUUUCGCCUCAUUUUUAGACUUAGCAAACUCAUCCCGCGGGCUGUUUAAAACCUGUUUGCGGGCCUGAUUCGUCCCACAGGCUGUAUGUUUGACACCCCUGCUAUACACUACUGCUAUCUAACAUCUUGGAAUUGCAACUGCAUGCAAAGACUACUCUUAUAUAGUGCAGUACAGUACUUUUAAAAAAGUACACAAAAAAGUGUGAGAAAACAAGAUCACUGGACAGCACAGCUCACUGUUAAAUGUUAAAUAACUUAUUUUUUUUUUUACGCUUAGCAUUUAUUAACACAUUUAAACAGGCAAAAUAACAUUAUUAGCGUUGAGUACUGGUAUUUAUUCCCAUGCACCUGACAUGUGAAAGGUACCCAUCCCUGUAUGCAACAUCAUGACAUCACUGCUGAGUAAAACGGGCCUCUGACAAUAGCUGGCGCACUUGGAAACAAAUAAAAGGUUUUUGUUGCAGUCCAUCAAAACGCAAGCAUAUGAUACUUGCUUUAAAUCUGAAUCUAUGUAGCAAUGAAAGUCCAACUUCUUGAUAACCAAAAAAAAUCCAUAUUUUAGAAGUGUUUUUUUUUUUUUACUGCAACAUUGCCAAUAUUUUCAUAUUUUAUAAUGUGGUGCCAUCUGCAGAUGCUUAUGACAACAAAGGGAAAAUAACUCACCAAUGGGUUUUAAUAUAUUUGAGUUUGCCCGUGUCUUUAUUUGUGUGUGAAACCAGUGAAAGCAGAAGCCACAUUUGUUCUUUGUGAUCGUUGUUCUUUACGACAGGAGCUUUGAUUUGAAUCAUAUUUAUUAUUAUUACAUGUGUUUGUUUGUGGCAAUGACAAAUCAGACCAUUAAAGCAAAAUUGUCAGUG